CGGAAAGGCUCCUGAACAAUCUACAGGACACAUUCAGUGCAUACCGUGAGGCGGACCCUUACAAGGACUUUCCCAGCAUGUUUAUCAAUCAAGCGGCCAAUUUCUUGCCCAACUGCACGGCCGUCUACAGCCGCAACGGCAUGGGCUGGGACCCUUUCCAGGACAUCCUAGAAGACAUCGGCCUUGGCCGCUGGCCGUCACGGCUGCCCGAAAACAUCAGCAGCCUUCCGGCGCUCGUCGGCAAAGUGGACGCUGCCCUGGGCGUUUUCCCGCUGGUCGGCGUGACCGUCAAGAACGAGUACGAGUCCAAGUACGCCGUGCACCUCGACGUUCCGGCGACGAUCCUCAAGAGGAGUCAGACGUGGUACACGUCUUCGAACCUCACGGAGUACGCCGUCAGUAUAGCCAAAGCUCUCAUUCAGAUGGGCUCCCUGAAGGUGGCGGCCGAGGUGCAGGCAGCCGAGAUUGUCGGAUUGGAAGUCCAGCUGGAGGAGGCCGUCAGCCCGCGACAGUUCGAGCCUCCGCCCUUGAGGACGCGCACCCUGGACAAACUGCCACACGGCCACGCCUGGGAGUGGAAGGCGUACUUUACCACGCUGCUCAAGAACUUUCCGGCCGACGAAGAGGAGUUCGUGAGCGUCGAAGUCUUGGCACAGCAGUAUUUAGAAGAACUGGCCAAAAUUCUGGACAACACGAACACAUCGAGCGUCGUCUUCUACGUUGGCUACAGGGUGAUGGUUCAUCUUUCAGCCGUGCUUCCCGACGUAGUGGAAUAUUUUACGCCGCUUAGCUUCGACGGCAUGGUACCCAGCGCCAACUUGAGGCUGCAGGCUUGCGCGAGGCUCUUAGAGCUGGUCUACCCGCAAGGUACGCGCACUUUCCUCCGGAUGUCCCUGGGACUUCCCGAGAGCACGCUGCGGUACGACACGCGCUACGACGCCGAGGUCCAGGAGGUCUUCGGCGACCUCAACCGACACCUACAGAUGGUCGCCAAGCGCACUCCCUGGUACGACCCGGUCGAGCGCGUCGUCGCCGUCGAGAAGCUCAAGGCCGUCCAGUUCACCUUCUUCGGGACGACGCAGAACCUGACGCCGAUCGCCGAGUACUACAACCUCAACGUGCCCGUGUUCCGCGGCACACGGCUGCUGGAGGGCUUGUACAACAUGCUCAUCAACAGCCGCCGCACCUACUACCGGCCGCAGACGCGUUCCCGCGACUGGGACAACCGCUACCACGCGUCCAGCCUAGCGCUGGGCUACGAGUACACGCACGGUCGCAACGCGCUCUUCUACCCGUACUCCAACGUGGCCGCUCUCAACCUGACGGCCGGUGGCAAGCUGCGCGCGCUGGACAUCCCCGUUCUGGGCGCGAACAUGGCGCGAGGCCUGGUGGCAGCCAUCGACGAGCGCGGCUCGUACAUCGACCACAGGGGCCGCGUGCGGAGCUGGUGGAGCCACGAGACGGCGGCCAAGUACCACGUCAUCCGCGACUGCUUUCGGGCCCAGUACAAGCGCGCCCUGGAGGAGAUUCUCCGCGACGACGUGGACCUGAUACGCACCAUAGAGGACGACAUCGCGGACAACGCUAUCAUCUAUCCGCUAUUCAGGUACUACAUGCGGCAGGCCAAGCGCACGCUGGCCGUGGGCUCGGGGCCCAUGCUGCGCCGGCUGUUCUUCGUGCAGUUUGCCCGCGCCCACUGCUACCGCACGAACGACACGCGGUACGAGCGCCGCAUGGCGUUCUUCGGCGAGACGCCACCGCGGCUGCGCGUCAACCUGCCCCUCGCCAACUUCAAGGCCUUCACCGAGGCCUUCGGCUGCCAGGAAGGGGACACCAUGUACCCACGCAAGGAACGCUGUUCCCUCUGGUUCACCGAAGACGAGAGAUAAGAAAGGAAAUAUUCGAGGGUGUUUGUUGGGGCGUUUUCCUCAUUUGAAAGUAAAUGUACGUCGUGAACGUGCCACCUUUCAGUAAAGGUGGACGCUUUCAUUUUUUUUCUCGCCAAUAACCACACACACUCAAAAAAAGGUGCAGGGGCUUGGAUGUUUCUAAGCACGAAAUGCUUUCAGCUUCCUUUGUUGGCGACCUUCGAGAUACCUUCAGGCAAAAUCCUGAGCCGUUGUCCGGACGCUCAGUAUGGAACGAGAACACCAGCGAGAGAGAAACUAGAUCAUCCCGGCAGCCACUCAGAACUAAAGAAAAGGAGGCCUUUCGGCGCCAACACUUCGUACGGCACCGCAUUACAUAGGCUAUUUACUGCCCGAAGAAGUUGCAAAAUAUAUUGCUUCCGAGUUUUUCCUGUUUGUUCACAAUAUCAGACAAGCUGUAACUUCUAGUACCCUGAAGUACUUGUCAUUUGCGAUAGGCGACGCUCAAAAGGCAGGUACGGUACACUAUGCACUUGAUUGCCACCUUUUGGCACUGAUACAGGGUUGCCUGUGCUGUUUUGAACGCCAGUGGUCCGUGAGUUCCGCGGCACGUCUUGCGUGCCGGCAGCGUUGGAGCAGGCAGCGUGAGGAACGCCGCGGCCACUGUUUGGCGUGGACGAGGUCUGGAAUGAGAGAGAGGGAGAGAGAGAAAAACGAAGAGGGAAAGGUAGGGAGGUUAACCAAGGGCGUGUACGAUUCGCUACCCUACACUGGGGGAGUAAGAAAUUGGAACAGAUAAGGAGAGAACAAAAAAUAAUAAUAGUCAGUCAUUCACAGUCGCAGAGGAACCUCCCCUGUCAAAAGCGUUCAUACAGUCCAGUGUCCUUGACGAAACGCAGAAGGGUUUUUGUGGCCUUUCGCGUGCAAGAACGCAUCGGGGUUCUCUCUCUGACAGGGGAGUAUUACGCGGUGGCACAAUGUGGCGUGGUGUGGUGUGUUUUGGUGGGGUGUGGUGUGCCGUUGAGAACAUGCGCUACGCCGGUUUUAAGAUGGUGUCUAGUAUCAUCUCCAACCAAUCUGUUUUGACGGUUGCCAUUUCACAGUUACAUCUGCUCUCGAUUACGGGAGAGACAGCAUUUUCUUUUUUUUUCCUCUGUGUCAUGAUACCUGGCAUCGCAGUUACAUGUCGUUGACUCAGGAGAUAUUAAUCCUAUUUAUCUAAUCUGUGUGACUCAAAUCAGGGUAAGCUACCAUAAUUCUGAGCAUACUGUUCUUUAAGGCAAAUGAUUCCGGUAACAUCAAAUUGUGGAUAUGUGUGCCCUUGCAACAGUUAUGUUUCGAGUGUAUGCAAGGAGGUAUCUCGGUCUCGACCGUUCAUAGUGCUCACUAGACUAUAGGCGGCCGAGAACCGAAGCUAUAGCCAAACAGCCUCCGUGAACGAAAUAAUUACCCGUUUAUCACCGAUAUUGUGCCAUUUUUAGAAAAUAAAUAAUCGAUUGAUUAGAUAAAUUAUACGUAUACUUGCAAUUAUGUGUAUGUAACUUGAAUACUUAUAAAAUGAAAAAUGUUUAUCCCAUAAAUUGCAUGUUUCUUUGGAGGAUUCACGUGAUAUGAUUUCGUUUAUUAUUUUUGUGUAGCAUAUUUGUGUUAAGGCAAAUAAAGAUCCUUGAAUGCA